AUGUCACACCCACUCCUUUUUAUUUUUAUUUGCGACACCUACACACAUCUGCACUAAUACAAACAAACCGACCUUCAUUUCAUGCUUUUAUCUGGGUGAUUUAGUUUCAAAAAAAUUCAAUCAAGCUGGAUUUUAAUUUAAUUAUAACAAUAUAAUAAUAAUAUUAAUUAAUGGGGUCUUCUUCUAGGUUAAUAAUAGAUAUGGAUUAUGAAUCAGCAGCAGCAGCAGUGAGUGGAGAAAGCAGCGGGUCGUUGUUGUUGUUAUUGAGAUGGUGGAAUGACAUCCAUGAAUCCCAAGGAUGGCAAGGAGGCGUUUUUUACGUUCUCUGUGCUGCCUAUGCUCUCGUUGCCUUCAUCGCCUUGGUGCAACUUGUUCGUAUUCAAUUGAGAGUACCAGAAUAUGGUUGGACAACACAAAAGGUUUUUCACUUGAUGAAUUUCGUGGUCAAUGGAUUGAGAGCUGUCGAGUUUGGAUUUUACUGGAGCGUGUUCCACUACAAGCCAAAGGUAUUAGAUAUGAUACUUUUGGAUCUUCCCGGUCUAUUAUUCUUCUCGACGUACACACUACUUGUAUUAUUCUGGGCUGAGAUAUACCAUCAGGCAAGAAGCCUCCCAGCUGAUAAACUCAGACCUGCAUACUUCAUUCUGAAUGGAGUUGUAUACUUCCUUCAGGUGUGCAUUUGGAUAUAUAUGAGAUUCAACAAAGAUCACGUGGCUAUCGAGGUUGCUGAACUCUUCUUUGCAGUUAUCUCACUUUGUGCUGCCCUGGGAUUCAUUAUAUAUGGCGGGAGGUUGUUUCUUAUGCUUAGGCGCUUUCCAAUUGAAUCUAGAGGCCGUCAAAAGAAACUGCACGAGGUGGGAUUCGUGACCGGAAUUUGCUGCACAUGUUUCUUAAUAAGAUGUAUAAUGGUUACGGUCUCUGCAUUUGACAAGGAAGCUGAUAUCCAUGUUCUGAAUCAUCCUAUCCUCGAUCUUGCCUACUACUUGAUUGUAGAGAUACUCCCAUCUGCUCUUGUGCUUUUCAUUCUCAGAAAACUACCACCAAGACGAGUGUCAGAUCAAUAUCAUCCAAUCAAAUGAUCCCAUGUAUCAGAACGGUGAGCACAACUCGACCUUUUUCAUGUAUAUGGUUUUCAUUGCUUAUGGUGCAAAUGUGUUUGUUAAGUCAUGUGUGUUCCUUUACUCGUGAGAAUAAGAUAUCGACCAUCACAUGUAUGUCUUGCUAACAGCGUAACCAAUAUAGAGUAACUUGUUCAGGUGUUUUUGUAAGUCAGUUUAUUUUGGGACGGAGAUUCUUCAAAA